GGUUUUUUCUUCGUCUUCGGCGAUUAGGACUGACGACGAAAAAGAAAGAACGACACACCAAUGAUAGCUUGCAGGUCUCUCUUCAGAGCGGACCGUCUUCUUAAAUUAACGAAUUCUUGUAGUGCAUUGAAGCCAGUAGGUCAUUUUCAGAUUCUCAAGAAUUACAUUGUCAAUGAAAGUGAACUUCUGAUCAAAUUCAAAGUUGCCUAUUAGUUUUGACAUUUGUAGCGUCGAAUCGUGCGACAGGGAUAUGGAACUUGUGAUAUUUUGAACCAUAGAGUUAAAAUGGCCGAUAGAAAGGAUAAGCACAAUCAAGGAGGAAAGAGUAGAAAGCUCAAGUGUAUUAAUCCUGUUUGGAGACCAGUAACUACUCAAGCCAGUUCCUAUCAAGAAUGCUCAUCAGAAGAUGUCAAGUGGAGGUAACUGAAGCAGUGGCUGAAAUAACAGACUCAAUCAGGAGAUCAAGUGGAAUGGUUGGUAUCGAAAGUGAUAGAUUUUCAAAAGGAAAAUCAGUCAUUUCCGCCAAAAAGCAUUCCAUUUCAGUUGAGGUUGGGGCUUCAUUAUUUGGAUUCAUCAUAGGAAAAGGAGCAUCUACUCAGAAACAAAUUGAAGAGGAGAUGGGAGUGAGCAUUAAAAUUCCAUCGUCAAAAAAGGAAGAUUCUGUUAUCAUUGAAGGUUUUUCAAUUGAAAGUGUAACUCAAGCUUCAGCAAGAAUCCAAAGUAUCAUUGAUCAGGCAGUCAAAAGCCCAAGCCUUAAUUACUCUCACUUCAUUUCACUUCCAUUGGCAAUACAUCCUGAAUUAGUUGACAAGCUUAUUAUGUUCCAGAACUCUAUUUUGGAAUGUGAUGAUCCUUGCCUAGAAAAGAAUGCAGGCAGUGAUUCAAUUGUAGAUGAAGGCCAGAAGUUAGAUAAAGGACCUGAUGUUGCUGUUGAACUAAAAGUUGAUACUGACAAAGAACGUGUUAAAGUGAAUUUAACCAAUGUACCUGUUGUCAGUUAUGCACCUAAGGCUAAAACAUCCACGUCUUCUACUUUAUCUGACAUGAGGAUUGACAAAUCCAUAUUCAUUAAGCCAAGAACUUUCCACUUAACUAUUCUCAUGUUAAAGCUGUGGAACAAGGGACGAGUUUCUGCAGCUGCUGAGGUCUUGCAGAGUGUCUCUUCUAAGGUGAUGGAAGCCUUGGAGAAUCGGCCUGUCUCCAUUAGACUACGGGGCCUGGACUGUAUGAGGGGUUCUUUGGCUAAAGCGCGAGUUGUCUAUGCACCUGUGGAAGAAAUUGGCAGUGAGGGCAGACUUCUACGUGCUUGCCAGGUCAUUAUCGAUGCAUUUGUUGAAGCUGGACUUGUUCUUGAGAAAGAUGCUAAUCAAAGAUUGAAGCUGCAUGCUACUGUGAUGAAUACAAGUCAUAGGAAAAGGCCACGUACGAACACACGCGCCGCAGCGCGCCUCUUUGGAUUUGCGCAGCCUGCUCUUUGUUUUCAGCGAGCGUCGCGGCUCUUCCCACAUGCGCCGCGACCCUUCAAAACUCCAGAAAAUGGCCCUCUCUGCUUUUUCCUUGCGCUGCAGCUCUUCAUUCAAGCGCCGCAGCCCUUUGUAUUUUCCCAAAAACUUGUUCCAAAACUCCAAAGCGAACAAUUAUCUCUGCAAAUGAAUCUUCAACUUUCUUCUUGUCAACUUUUAGCAUAAAUUUCCCAAUUUAAGCUGAUUUUCCAGUCAUUUCCCAUACUUCACAUUUCCUUCUCCUAUUUCCUACAAAUAUACCAAAACAAGCAUAAUACCGCAUAACACUCCACCAAAAUGACUCAAACUUACCCUAAACACAUGUUAAAAACUAUGCUAAAAACAGACUCAUCACCCCACAAAACUAAUUUACAGUUCUCUUUGUAAAACCUUAAUAAACAACAUUAUGUUUGUUGGCACCAAAUGCUGCGAUGCUUAUAACCAAAUAUUUAGUGUCAUAAAUCAUCAUAGCUAUAUUCCUAUUCUAGGGUAUUUCAUCACAUUAUGCCAAACUACUCUGUAAUCUGCAAGCUGCUACUCAAUCUAUUAGAUAUGAAAUACUAUUAGCAUUAUGUAUGUUAUCAAUAUCCCUAAGUGGGAUUCGCUAGAUAGCUAAUUUAGAUAUGAACUGUUGAAUUUACCUUCAAUGAACAAACAAAAAAACAAAAUUGGCAGGAAAAACAAGGUGUUUACUAGCAACUUACAAGAAUCGCCAGUAUAAUAUAUUUCCCCUCUGCCCUCGUUGGGACUGUAAUGAGGAUCUGUAAGUGACAAGUGGGACACAUGUAAUGAGUCUGUUCUGAGACAAUGGUAUAUAAUUGAUAAGCAACUACUGCUAGAUAAUUAAACUGAACAUGGUUUGUUUGGUUAGGUAAUGGUAUAAAAUUUACGAAUUCUUUCCCAAAAAGAAAAAGAGGUGAGCUUUAGCUGGAUUUGAAACAACAUAGAAACAAUGUUACUUGUUCUUGAAACUUUCCCUUUGUCUCUAGCUAAAAAUGAUUGUCUUGAAGCUUUUUCUCUACCCAAGAUGGUGACAAGACUGGACUUAAAACCGGACUUGUAUUGUCAACAAUUUCUCUUUAUGGAUCAAUUCUAAGAUUUUCUUUUCAGAAGCCAAAACUUUAAAGAUAUCAAAUGCUACAGAAGCUUCCAUAAGGUGUUCUCUUUUGUGGCCCUAGAUGAUUGGACCAAAGCUCACUAAGCUAUAGAAUAUUCCAUGCUUCUUUUUAAGAUAUUGACCAAGUCAAAUGCGAUUGUGGCACAAGAUGAUUGGGCCAAAGCCACUAAGCUAUGUUCACUUAGAGCAUCUCCAACCUUGAUACCAAAUUUGGUGUCACACCAACAUCAAAUUUAGUGUCAAAAACUAUUUUCACACCAAUUAGAACACUAAAAACUACACAAAAAAAAUAUUCUUUAUUAUUA